UACUCGCAUAUACCUGGAUACUCUCAUUGGCAUACUACCAGACACAUCAUGUCGACCGAAUUCUUCAUGGAGAAUGCGUCCGUUGGCGACCGCAGCAGCAGUGAGAACUGGCGUAUUCGUGGCAUGACCCCUUUGACUGCUCCCGAUCUCCUCCAGCACGAAAUCAGACAAUCGCAAAAGUCAAAAGACACUGUGCUCAAGGGCCGCGAUGAAGCUGCCGCUGUUGUUCAAGGCAAGGACGAGAAGAACAGACUAUUGGUCGUCAUUGGCCCUUGCUCGCUUCACGACCCCAAGGCUGCUCUCGAGUACUGCGACAGACUCUCGACAUUGAAGGAAAAGUACGAGGAUGAGUUGGUCAUUAUCAUGCGCGCCUACCUCGAGAAGCCUCGUACUACUGUUGGCUGGAAGGGUCUGAUCAACGACCCUGAUCUUGACGACAGCUUCAACAUCAACAAGGGUCUUCGUGUCUCGAGACAGCUCUACCUGGAUCUGACCGAGAAGGGCAUGCCCAUUGCUAGUGAGAUGCUCGAUACCAUCACCCCUCAGUACACCGCCGAUCUUCUUUCUCUGGGUGCCAUCGGUGCACGCACAACCGAGUCGCAAAUCCACCGUGAAUUGGCCUCUGGUCUCUCCUUCCCCAUCGGUUUCAAGAACGGCACCGACGGCACUCUGGACGUUGCAAUUGACGCCAUUGGCGCUGUCAAGAACCCUCACCACUUCUUGUCCGUCACCAAGCCCGGCAACGUCGCCAUUGUCGGUACCGCUGGCAACGAAGACUGCUUCGUCAUCCUAAGAGGUGGAAAGAAGGGAACAAACUACCACCCCAAGGACAUUCAAGAGUCAAAGGAGAAGCUGCAAAAGAUUGGCUACACAAAGCCCAGACUCAUGGUCGACUGCAGCCACGGCAACUCGGAAAAGAACCACGCAAACCAACCCAAGGUCGCCCACGAACUAGCCACCCAAAUCGCCGCCGGCGAGGACGCCAUCAUGAGCGUCAUGAUUGAAUCCCACAUCAACGAGGGCGCCCAAAAGAUGCCCAAGGAAGGAAAGUCGGGUCUCAAAUACGCAGUCUCCAUCACCGACGCAUGUAUCGGGUGGGAAGACACCGAGAAGGUACUCGCCGAGCUGGCCGAUGCCGUCCAGAAGAGAAGAAAGCAUGCCGCUACCAACGGUGCGGCAUAAAGAUUGCCGUCCCAAAGGGCGGAAUGAAAUUCUGGGUGUAGUAUUUUAUAACGAUGUGAUAUGAAUAAGAAAAAAUGAGGCAUGUGGAGAUAUCAGGCACUACCCGGAGAAUGGAAAG